CAGAAAGCGAAGUGCAUACCAACCAAUCCGUUUUGCUGCAAGCUGUAAGAGACCUAAAUGUUGUUCAUUGUCAGUGUGCCACCGUAACUGUCCGUUCGUAGCCAGCGCAGUGCUGAAAUUUAGCACAUUCACCAAGCAGCUUUGAUGUAUUUACAUAAUACAUAUUAAUAUACAAACACCAAUGAAGAAACAUAACGAUUAAAUGACAUCGUGAAGAAUGUAUUCUACAGCGAAGAAAUUUAUUUUCACACAAUCGUUUUAUUGUUCUCUAAUUUUGAAUGUAUAUUACUUACUUGUUUGAAGAUACUUUGCUCGACAAAGAGAUUCCUGUAUUAAGAUAGUAAACAUUAUCAUUUUCGAUAAGUAUACAAUGUGUAAUUAAAGUAGGGGAAAGCAUAAUGACUUCUGUACCUUUUGGUUGACAUAUUAGUCACAAAGCAUUAUAUAAAUCUGAAAUCCGAAUAAACCAAUGGAACUUGAUAUUCGCGCGGAAUUACUCUUGCUGACAAAGAGAGUAAGUGCGCGCACAGGAGGGGAGUUUAAUAUAUUGACUACAGUAAAAAAAAAUGUCAGGAAGCGAGUCAAUUGAUUCUAAGUAACGACCAUGUAUAUACUCUGUUCAAUCGCAUGAUUGAGUGCGAAAAUAAAUAGACCAGAAAUUAACGACAAUGAAGUCGAAUGAUCGUUAAGUUCUAACCUGUAAUUUUAAUUUAUGAUGGAGAUAAUCAAGAUCAAUUCACUAAUUACAGUCAAUUGUAAAAAUAAUUAAAUCGAUUAUGUAUUUUUAUGAAUUCAUCACGUUAUGACUAUAUAAAAAUCUUCUAUAAAACAAUUGAGUGUAUUGUAGAGUGGGUAGAUUUCUGCUGGCAAUAAUGAUCCUUGGGAGAAUUUUAUCAUCUACCCUCACAAGGACACGAUUGAUCCCCUAUGCUCAACCUCAGUUAUUAAACCAGCAAAAAAACCUGACUCUGUUUUUAUUGGCAUGUAAACUAUCCAGCCAUCGUGUCUCAAAGAAUAUUGAACAUAUUACACAGGAUAAUCGAGCAAAAACCACAGAUGGCCAGAUUCAGAAUCUUAAAAAUGCAGAAAGAAGACCUCUGUUAAUUAUGCUCAGUUGGCUUUUAGCUAACCGUAAACAUAUCACUAAGUUUCUCAAUUUAUACACAGAGCAAGGUUUCGAUGUCGCAUUGGUAUCAACAACUCCUUGGCAACUACUGUGGCCUAUAUCAGGAUCAAGGGUAGUCGCCAAAGACUUAUUAGAUUUCUUACUAGCAAAUGAAAAUUAUCAGCAAAUACUAUUACAUGGUUUUUCAGUGGGUGGAUAUAUGUGGGGAGAAGUAAUAGAUAUAUUUCAAAAUGAUAGUCAAAAAUAUGGUAAUGUGCUAGAUAGAAUUGUUGGUCAGGUUUGGGACAGUCUGGCUGAUGUGUCAGAAUUAUCAAUAGGCACUCCGCGUGCUGUAUUUCCAAAAAAUAAGGUGUUACAAAAUAUGGUACAAAAAUAUCUAGAAUUUCACAUGAGAACAUUUUACAAAUCGUCUACUCAAUACUAUAAACGAUCUAGUCAAUUAUUUCAUUCGAAUAUAGUACACAGUCCUGCAUUGUUCUUUGUAAGUAAAGUGGAUCCUGUUGGUACAAUAACUAAUAAUAUGAAAGUACGCGAUCGAUGGGAUAGUUUGGGCGUGAAGACUUACGUUAAAAUAUUCGAGGAUUCUCCGCAUGUUGGACACUUUCAGAGAUAUCCAAAAGAGUAUGUUGGCGAACUUUAUGCUUUCUUAAACGAAUUAAAUUUAAUCCAAAACGAAGAAAAGAUGAGAGCGCGACUCUAAAUAUGCGAUUUAAUGCCUAAUUACUUACAUUCUUAAUUGAUAUUUGAAAUUACAUGUUAUGAGGUCAGUGAAUAUGUACUUCCUUAAUUCAAUUAUUGUACGAAUUAAUUUUAAAAAAGAUUAAUGCCAAUUAUAUUAUAUUUAGAACCGA